GGCAGCAGCUGUCUAAAGAGGGCGAGCGCAGCCUUUCCCCGGCGUGUGGAUCGUUUACGGCCAGGUUUCGGGCUGCCCUCCUCUGCUGCAUCUCAAGGCACCGUUUCUCCUGUCUUACCAGAGCAAUGCCGACCCACCGCCUUGUGAUUGUCCGGCAUGGCGAGAGCACCUGGAACCAGGAGAACCGUUUCUGCGGCUGGUUUGACGCCGAGUUGAGUGACAAGGGCAAGGAAGAAGCCCAGCGCGGAGCCUUGGCUGUCAAAGAGGCCGGCUAUGAGUUCGACAUCUGCUACACUUCGGUCUUGAAAAGGGCCAUCCGCACCCUCUGGUACAUCAUGGAUGGCAUCGACCAGAUGUGGCUGCCCGUGAUCCGCACCUGGCGCCUCAAUGAGCGCCACUAUGGGGGGCUGACAGGCCUCAACAAGGCAGAGACAGCAGCCAAGCAUGGGGAGGAGCAGGUCAAGAUCUGGAGGCGCUCCUAUGACAUCCCACCACCCCCCAUGGAUGAAAAGCACCCUUACUAUCAAAUCAUCAGCAAGGCUCGGCGCUAUGCUGCUUUGAAGCCUGGAGAGCUGCCUUCUUGUGAGAGCUUGAAGGACACAAUUGCCCGUGCCUUGCCCUUCUGGAAUGAAGAGAUUGCACCUCAGAUCAAAGCUGGAAAGAGAGUCUUGAUUGCUGCCCAUGGCAACAGCCUUCGGGGAAUUGUCAAGCACUUGGAAGGAAUGUCUGAUGCAGCCAUCAUGGAACUGAACCUCCCAACUGGAAUUCCCAUCGUGUAUGAGUUGGAUGACAACCUGAAACCUACAAAGCCCAUGCAGUUCCUGGGUGAUGAAGAGACCGUGAGGAAGGCCAUGGAGGCUGUGGCAGCCCAGGGCAAAGUCAAAAAGUGAGAGGAAGAGGAAACGGGCACUGACAAAAUAAAACAUUUGAAAAACCCA